AUGACGGCUUCACUCCCCAAGACCAUGAAGGCGAUUGUGAUCAAGGAGCCGUACAACAUCAAGGUCGAGGACGUGCCGACUCCCGAGAUCAAGUCGCCCAACGAUGCCAUCAUCAAGGUCGUCUACGCCGGCCUCUGCGGCUCCGACCUCCACAUCUACCGCGGCCACCAGCCCGGUCCCUACGGCUACGUGAUCGGCCACGAGGCCUUUGGCGAGGUGGUGGCCGUCGGCGCGGGUGUCAAGACCUACAAGGUCGGAGACCUGGUGUGCUCGCCCUUCUCGACGUCGUGUGGCAACUGCUUCUACUGCAACCAGGGCUACACGUCGCGCUGCAUUGGCGGCGGCGCGCUCCUCGGCAGUGCGGCCAACCCCGGCGCGCAGGCCGAAUACCUUCGCGUGCCCGAGGCGGAGGCGAGCCUGUUCCCUGCGCCCGCGGACAUCAAGCCCGAGCUGCUGCUCCUCAUGGCGGACAUUCUGCCCACCGGCUACUAUGUGGCGUACAAUGCCCGCCACCUCAUCGACGACGGCCAGGUCGACGCUCCCAAGGCCAACGGCGGCGCCGUCGUCCAGCCCGUGGGCAAGCGCGGUGUCGCCGUCGUCAUUGGCUGUGGACCAGUCGGUCUCUGCGCCAUCUCGUCUGCGUGCACCAUGUUUGAAAAGGUGUUUGCUACCGACAUUGCCGAGCACCGCCUCGACGCGGCGCGCAAGCACGGCGCCAUCGCGCUGCAGGGCGACGAGCUCAAGAAGGCCGUCCUCGAGGCGACCGAGGGCCGUGGUGCCGACGCUGUGCUCGAGGUGGUGGGCCACAACAGCGCUCUGGAGACGGCCGUCGACCUCGCGCGUCCCUUCGGUGUCAUCUCGUCGUGCGGCCUGCACACCCACGACGUCAAGAUCCCCGGUCUCGCCCUGUACGGCAAGAAAAGCUUGCUUGCCUGCUCACACGCGUCCUCCUCCAGCCUUCGCUUGCAGUUUGGCCGUUGCUCCGUGCACACGUUCACGCCGCCGGCGAUGCAGGUCCUGCGGGACAACCAGGACCUGUUCUCCAACUUUAUCGAGCACCAGGUCGGCCUCGACAAGGCCGAGGAGUACUACACGCUCUUUGAGCAGAACAAGAUCGCCAAGACCGUGUUCGUCUUUGACAAGUAG